AUGGCGACUGCGCAAAUGACCGCCGGUCCCAGGUCGGCCCGACUGGCUGAUGAUGCCGCUACUGCUGCACUCUAUGCAGUGCAGCCGCGACGCAAGGCGUCUGUUCGCGAGAAACCUGCCUCGGAUAUCAAUAAUCCACAAGUAAAGGGCGCAUCAAGUCUGAGCGCCGCUUCGGCUGGGGCUGCAAUUGCUCAUGCGAAUCGGAAACCGGUGGAAAUAUGGCGUCCAGGACGAUUCACCGAGGCUGAGACGGCCGCCUAUUGUGUGAGGGACUUUAAAGCCCCCGAGAUCCCCAAACCCAGCACCCAAUAUAGCUCUGAAGGAUUGGGCGCCGCGAUUCUUGCCGUUCGGGAACAAAGGAAUUCGAACCUGUCCCCGACCCGAGAGACACAGAGAUAUGAAUACUCCCGCAAUAAUCAGGACAAGGCGCUCCGAGCCGCCACGGGAGCUUAUGCGACAGGGCGGAGGCGUGCUGACUCGGCCCCCAGUGAGCCGGUCAUUACCUCCGACUCUCCCUAUGCGUUGUCCGCCGCGGGCGUGUCGCAUAGAAAUAAAACAGAUGAGGAGGAGCCUCUCGAUCAUUUGGAUAGCGCGAUGGAAGCGAGUCGAAUCCGCCACCUUGCCAACACCAAUGCCAAAAUGUAUACAUCAUCGCCUCCCAUUCAAAGUGAAGCACAGGAGCGCAACCGGAAGAAUUCCUUGCAUGCUGCAGCGAUUUCCAUGGCCAAGGAGAUGUAUGACCCAAACAACCCCAAAGUUCCAGUUCGGUCGAAGACCGUCGGCGGAACUGAAGGGUCCACGGCCCAACGCGCAAUGACUCUUCAGGAAGCGGCCCAAAAAAGGGCGGCAGAGAAACUGGCUCUCAUGCACAAUGAGCAGGCUGAGCUCCAGAGCUACUACGGCACUACUCCUCAACCUGCACGAUCUCGGCUGACUGCUCGUCGAAAGAGAACUGCCAGCGAUGCAGAUUCAGUCCAGGUGGAUGCCGAGCAGUCCAGGUAUAUCCGCAACCAAAUGAAAAGCCUGCGGACCAAGGUCAAUGACGUGGACGAAAAGAGAACCAGGGACCGGGCGUUGCUCAUGGAAGCCGCUCGACGCAAUGUUGAUGCGACUCUGAUGAGUAUGGAGAUGAAAAUGUAUGCCGACAAAGGCCGGGCGCCACCGUCUCUUCAGAAAGAAUGGGAUGAGGCUGCUCACGAGCGUGUACGUCGGGAGGCCGAAGCGGCGGAGGCGAAUUCUGCUGCUCGUGGAAACCGCGUUAACAUCGGAACGCAUCAAUAUAUGGACAUGGCUGAUGUUGAAGCCGUUGCACGCUCCCGCCUACAGCCAACACUCGACGAGAUUACCGAGAGUGCGGAACAAAAGAGGGCCGAUGAGGUCGAGGCACGUCUGGAUGCUGAGGAGAAAGAAAGGCAUGCCGCAAUAGAAAGGGAGCGCGAGGCUAGCAUGACUAGAGUCGCAGACUCGCGUGACAAGGGAUCUAACAAGGACAAACGGAACAGCAAAGUAAUGAGCUUCCUUUGGCGAAUGAAGAGUAAGCGAGCACGUCCAUCCGAGGAGGCUGCGGCCCAGGAAUCCGCGGACCAUGAAGCAACAAACGAAGAGGCAGUAGCUCAGGACGAGGGCGCGCAAGAGGCCACCGCUACGGCUGCCGGUAUCGCACCGGAAGAGACUAAGGAAGCGCCUAAGGAAGAAACUGAACCUGAAACUGAACCUGAAGCCACUAAGGAACCCGAGCAAGAGCUCGUGCAAGAACCUGAGCGAGAAGCCAUGCAAGAACCCAAGCAAGAAGCCGCCGUUGUUCAAGAUCCCGAAGCGCCUGAAGCAGCAGGUGCGGCAACUCUUACCACUGCUGCCCACGUUGGAGCCCCGGUCUCCAUCACUGAACCUACCGAGCAUGACGGACGUCCCGCCAUGAUGGGUCGCUCCCAUACUUCCCCGCGGGAUGCCGCCGCGGUUGGUACUGGUCCAGCACCGAUGCAUGACAUCCGGCCGAUCACGAGCCCUCGAGCAGAUUCGAAGCUGAGGACCUGGUUCCGAGACCAAUUGGUCCGUCGUUCAAGUGGUCCUGUGCAUGUGUAUCCUCAUCAGCCUGGCCCGGAUUUCAAUAGCGAAAGUGAGAUUGGAUUCUCUGGAGGUGCUGCUCUGGCUGCUAGGCCUGAGUCUCGACCCGAGUCCCGAGGCGCGGCUCUUGGCUCUCACCCUGUCAGCGGAAAUGACCUUGAUCAGGGUGAACCCGCUCGCAAUGGUAGUCUCGACGUUGGCAAGACAAAUACAUUCAGCGAUAGCUCGGCUGGAAGUGUCGAACCUGCAACCAACGGCCAUGCUAAAAGUAGGAGGGAGCGCUUCAAGAAGACAUUCUUAAAGAGUGUUUCUCGCACUGAUGACACAAAGAUCAAUGGCUCCGGGACGGUUCCUGAAACGAAGGUUCAGGGCACCAAUAUCCGAGGCCUCAGAGACAGUGCCGUUGACCAGGGCCUUCCUGUUCCGCCCGUUCUUGGAGAGUCUGCCAGCGCCGGCCGGGAGUCGAGGUUCUCUGAAGAUUUGUCAUGA